GAAGACGAGUGAGGAGGUUUCAUUCAGAUAUAGUCAGGGUGCUCUUCAGUGAAGUGGAUGGGGAGGAGCUGGAGAAAGCACUGGAGGCAUUUGAUCGCAAGAUCAUGAACUCUUCCCUGAUCUCCCCAAAAUGGAAAACUAUCAUACUGAGGGCUCUGUGGGAUGAGAAGCUGAGAAACGAGGAUCGUUUCAAUGAGACAGCCUUUGUGACAUCCUGGUUCCAGAAGAGGCUUCGGCUUUUCAUCUCGGCCAUCUCUGCCGACAUGCUUCAGUGCCUUCACAAUGAGACAAUGGGAUGCAAACAGUACCAGGCAAUCGUUAAAGGUCUCGAUGCACAGUUUACCAAGAUGAGUUCUCAGCUCCAAGAGGAAGUCUUUCAGUCUUUCCAGCUUCCUUAUCUGAAAGGGUUGAAUUCUAACGGCUCUUCUCUCCGCUGUUUCUCUGCAAACUCCAGCUUCUCCGUCUUCUUAGAAGAGAUGUUUCAGAGCUUUGCCAGCCUCCUGACUCUGAGAGAUCUGCAGACCCUCAUCCCCACAUCGGACCUCCAAAAGAUUGUGAAUACAGUCUCUCCAGAUGCUCUGGCUGACUUAUUUGCCAGAGAGGGAUUUCUCAAUGACAAGCCUUUCUUGACUGCUGUGUUACGGAACUAUAAGCAGAAUGGAGCCUUUAUUGAUAAAUUUAACCAGAAAAAUGUUACUGGCAUCCAUCCAAAUGACACCAAGGCAGCUCUCUUGGCUGGUGUGUGGCCGACUGUAGUUUCCAGCAGCAACAACACAGAAGUGGACAUGUGGCUCAGUGGCCGCCUGGAUCCCUACUUCAUGUUCCUCGAUGGUGACCUGCUCAAUGCAAGCGAGACCAUGAAUACCAGCUGUGUGUCGUUCCGUAAAAUUGUGCAGAAGCUGAACAAAAAUACAGGCAUGUCCCAAGAUAAGGAGGAAGAAGUGUACUAUUCCAUCAAAGCUUACCUGGCAGCUGCCCAAGUGAAGCCCCGCUGCUACAAUCCCAGUGAUAAAGAGACAUCGGAUUGGCUUGUCACGUAUCUUGGGAAUUACAUCCGUUACAGCAAUGCCAGGGACAUGCGUUUACUCACAAACAACAAUGCAACCAUAUUCCAAGAUAUUGCCUUCAACCCAGACAACCUGGUGCUCAUCAACAGAAACAGGCUCCGUAAAGACUUGGCAGAGAUGUAUGCUGAGGCCCUCUUUGCCGUUGAUUCCGAUUUCAAUCUUGAGAGUCUUCCAGACCAGCUUAUUUGCUUUGCUAGACGUUCAACCCAAAUCUCCAGCCUUAGCUCUGACAAGGCCCUGAACCUCAUUGCGCAGGUCAACCGCUACUGCAACUCCUCUCUGCCAUCGGCAUCUGACCGCCAGCUUGCUACGAGUCUUGUUGCACAAGUCAAGACAUUUGACAGACAGACUCUGGUGGCCUUGGGGCAGCAGGCCAUGGGGCUGACCACUGGUCAGAUUUCAAAUCUGACGCCGCAAGAUCUGGUGGACCCCCAGGUCUUGGAAUCGCUUGGGCAGGUCAAUGGCUGGAACAGGGGACAGUCCCAAGGGCUGGUGAACAAGAUCCUACGCAGCGACUUCACGCUGGAUACCGCUGAGAAGUUUGAGAGACUUGGCACCCUGGCACAAGGGUUGCCCAGCAGCAGCUUUGACUCAAUCUCAGCAGAUUUGGCAAUUCAGCUGGCAAAGAAUGCUGCCUUCUUGAGUGCUCUCAGGCAAGGCUCCGAACACUUAAGGAAGGCCUUUGUUAGCAAGAUCCUCUCAAACUCGUCCUCCCUCAGUGACAUCCUGAAUAACGUCCCAGAUGAUUUAGUGGACCAAGUCCCAAAUUCGCUACUGGUGAUUCGAGGCAAGAUCCCAGAUCUUCACAAAAUCAAUGAGAAACAAUGGUCCCCACAGCAGGCAUCUGUUCUGUUUGGAGAUGUGCUGUCCAGCACGGAUAAUUACACGGAGCUUUCUGCAUUCAUCCUGCAAGGCUUCCAAUGCAAUGUCGCCACCAAACUGACACCUGCACAGCUGUCCUCUUUGGUCCAAGAAGUGAAGAUUAAAAAUGCCAACCUGAGUGAGGAACAGCUCUCCUGCAUGGCAAAACUUCUCUCCAGAAACAACCAGGCAGCAAAUUUCACCAGUUACCCACGUGAUGUGCUGCUUUUCUUUCCUCUCAACAAAGUAAAUCAUCAGAACUGUGAAGCAUUUUACACCCUGGCUUCCCAAGGGAAUCUAACUCUGCUGGCCAACGGAUCAACUCAAAGGAACAAACUCUUGGAGAAUGCAUUGAGUUGCUUUAGAGUGGAGAAUACCUCGCUCAGCAAAGAGCAGCUGCGGAAGCUUGGAGCCCUCGUGUGUGACAUGGAUGCAGCCACCAUUUUGGACUCUGACCCAACGGUCCUGGAGAACCUGAAACUGUGUCCUGAUCUCACAGCUGCCCAGAGGAUUGCCUUAAAUGUGCUUCUGAGCAGUGGGAAGACUUCACAAGGGGCGCCUGCGUCUUGGGAUGAUGGAACCCUGGAAGAUCUCGGGGACCUUGCUUUGUAUAUAAACCGUACCACCUGGGACGCCAUUAACAAGGAAGAGAGACUGAUCUUCUUCAGGAAGGUGGCAGAUCUGUUUGACAGCCAAAGUGCUUCACAGAAAGCGAAAACAAUCCUGUUCUUAAAGUCGCUUGGAUCGAAAUCUGCUUCCCCUCCUCGGACUAGACGAGCACCAGAAACUUGCCGGUCCACUCCAGUCACAACCAGCUCACUGGAAGACCCGCUCUUCAUCGUCCACUAUGACAGCGCCCAGCAGUUUGAUGCCUGCCUGAGCAAUGAGGUUUUGAAAGCCAACUUGGUCCCACUGCUUGAGCAGCCGCUUCCGAACGACUACUUGACAGUAAUUAAAAGGAAGCUGGACGAGAUCUACCCCAAGGGGAUUCCAGAGGACCACCUGAAGCUUCUUGGCUUCCUUUCACGCCUGUACAGUGCAGAUGAGAUUGGCAGGUGGAAUAUCACCUCCAGUGACACACUUGCUGCUUUGCUCAGCCGAAAUAAUGGAGCCUGGGAGAUGGCUCAGCUCAGGCGACUGGUGUCAAGAUACAUGGAAGAAGGGGGCAGCCUCACGGGCCCAUUACUUGACAUGCUGGAGGGGAAAUACCUCUGCUUUUUGGACGAAGAUCAGCUGAAGCAAAUAAACCCAGAAGCAAUUCGGCAUGCUGAGAAGUUAGAUAUUUCUUCCUGUUCCCAAGGCAAGAAAGACAUCCUCUAUGAAAAAGCACGCACGGCCUUUGCCAGCCAAAAUGGAACCAGUGCAUAUUAUCCCCUAAUUCAGCCAUAUCUAGGUGGAGCUCCUGCUGAGGACCUGAAAAGGCUGGCUGGAUCUCAGGUUGCGAUGGAUAUUGCCACAUUUGUUAAUCUGAAGCCAGAAGAGCUACAGAAACUGAGCGUCCAGGAUGUGAAAGGGUUGCUUGGUGUAAAUUUGCCUGAUUUGAAAGAAGUUGAGAGUGAUCCUUCGGUAGCCCUGUGGAUCAAGAGCCAUUUUCAGUCUGAGCUGGACACUCUUGAGAUUGGUCUGAGAGGAGGGAUGACCUCUCUGUCCUCCACAGCAACCAGCAUCACAGUAGCAGAUGCCUCCGAGUCUACAACACCCAUUGACACUCCAACAGCUGAUCCUCCUACUGCUCCCAGUACGGGGUCAACCUCAUUUGCCACAAGUGACUCAGUGACCUCUGGUGACAAUGCAGCAGUGUUCUCCAGCAGCAGUGCUGCUAUGCAACCCCUUUCAACACCACUCUUUGAAACCAGCACUGCGGCCAAUGAAACCUCUUUUGUCUCCACCAACAUCACCCACGCAAGGGUCGCCAUAGAUCCCAGAGUUGCUUUCUCCACCCAAGUCCCAGCUAUCUCAUCCAGUGUCACAGCUACUUCAGAUGAUACCAUCAGUGGAACAUCAGCCCCUCCCACAGCAAGAGAUGUCAACACAACUACCUCUGGCAGAAGUUCAGCAGAUUCCAGCGACACCGGAACUGAUAGCACGACUUUUCCUACCAUCUCGAUAGACUCCACCAUUGCAGCUUCCACCAAAAUAAUGGCUACCUCCUCCAAUGUCACAACUGCCUCAAAUGAUACUGUCAGUGGAAUACCUGACCCUACCUCUGCAACAGGCAUCAACAUGACUGCCAACGCCACACCAGCCUCCAACUCCACCACAAUCAAUGAUACAAGUCUCCCUACUACUGCAAUGGAGAACAACCUGACUGCCGCCAUCAACACCACACCAGCCUCUGACACCACCACGAUCAACGAUACAAGUCUCCCUACCACUGCAAGGGAGACCAACCUGACUGCCGCCACCAACACCACACCAGUCUCCAACUCCACCACGAUCAAUGAUACAAGUCUCCCUACCACUGCAGUGGACACAAACCUGACUGCCACCACCAACACCACACCAGCCUCUGACACCACCAUGAUCAACGAUACAAGUCUCCUUACCACUGCAAUGGAGACCAACCUGACUGCCGCCACCAACACCACACCAGUCUCCAACUCCACCAUGAUCAAUGAUACAAGUCUCCCUACCACUGCAAUGGAGACCAAUCUGACUGCUGCCACCAACACCACACCAGCCUCCGACACCACCACGAUCAACGAUACAGGUCUCCUGACCUCUGUCACCAAUGUGACUAAUGUCAUCAGUGCAACAGUUUCCUACACACCUGCCAUCAGCACAAACCACACUUAUAGUGCAAAUGCAACCACAGUUGGUACCAGCAAUGGAACUUCCACUACGCCUGGCAUGACCGCUACGACUUCUGAAAGGCCUUCAGUACUACCUAAGCCCAUGCCAAAUGCCACAACCCCAGCACCCAUCAGUGCUGCCACAAAAAUGAAGGAAACGAUGUCAACUGCUUCAAGCAAGACUACCGUUCAUGUCCCAGAAACAUCCCCUAAGACAGGAAUCUCACCUCAAACCACAAGGAGAGCCACCAGCAGAACACCUUCGAGAACGAGACCACCAUUGCAUCCAACACCCAAUGGCUACAUCAAUCUCCAGCCGCUAAGUGGAUCAUCUUCCAGCUUAACCUCCACCUGUCUUCUUCUGACAUUGUCCCUUGUGGUUGGAAUCCCACUUCAGAGGAGGCUUCUUUGAGAGUAUUGUUGCUUCCUUGCACCUCCCGACAGUAACUGGGAACGGCAAAGGCAAGAGCUUUGAAGUUCUACAAGGGGAGCCAUUUGGAACCCAUGGAUCAAACGCCAAUGCUCUCUGGACUGUGGGUCUCUUCUGACUUUUAUGUGCAUAGUAACUGCCCUGUGCCUAAUGCAAAUUUUGCCUGCUGCAAAGCUGCUGUGUUUCUCUCUACCCUCAUUUUGUUAUGGUGACACUUCCACACUCAAGGUAGUGCUGAGAUCCAGCACCAUCUUUCCUGUCCUCUGUGCAUGCUGGAUCCUGGUCUGUUGAGCCUCCUGGAACAGCUGUACUCCUGAAUUCCUUUCUGGGCCUGUGUUAGUAACUAGGACUGCACCAUCAGCACCUCAGGUUGGUUCCGAGCAAGGGGAAGCAAGAAGACUGGCUUUGCUCAGCCCAUCCAUCAGUCAGCUUGACAAGUUCAGAACCUAGCAGAAAGCAAACCGCUUUCUCUGCCCCUUGGCUACUAGUCAUGAUGGCUGUCUUCUGCUUCCACGGUUGGAGACAGUCUGCCUCUGAAUACCAGUUGCUGCAAAUCACAUGUGGAGAGUGGACUCCUGUAUCACCCAGGCCCUGCUUGUGCUGGUUAAGAGGCCAGGCUGUUCUAUUCAGAGACCCAGUUCUGUUUCAUUCAGUUCACAUUUAAAGGCAAACCUACUUAGUCUGCACUUUCUGAAUCAAUGCAAAAACUGAAACACAGCC